AUGUCACACUCCCACCCACUUUCGCGUCAGCAGUCCCCUGCCCUCGACUUAAUCCCCGCUCCAACCUCAUCCGGGAUCAUCACCCUCACAACCACGACCACCGUCCUCGCCGACCUCUCCAAACGACCUCGCGAAUAUAUCAGCGUCGGCCAACGGAAGGAGAUGCGAAAACAUGGUGCUAUUCGCGAUACCUCAUAUGCGUCUAUACCGACAGUGACAGUGGGACAGGAAGGUGUUAACGGCACUGUAGAAAAUGGAGCUCCAGGAGUAACAGCAGAGACGACCCCUGGAGAGCUGGGAGCGAAUGGGGAGAUUGGUGCAGUGGCGUCGUCAUUGAGGACAGGAACCCCCACCCCAUCAUCAGCAACUGCUUCAGCACCAGCGUCGGCUGGAGGAAUACCCUCUACACCAACUGGUCCUGAAGUCAAGGAAGAGUCGUCGGCAUCAAACCCGAACGGGUCACUUACGGCAAGCAACGGAAAUCUGAACAACGCUUUGAACAGCACACCCAACCAAAACAGCAACUUGACCUCGCCAACUCUCAAUCCUGCCCUGAUGAACCGGCCAUUACCCAACAGAGGAAACCCAUUGAUGUCGCCUACCCAACAAGGCGCCGUAUUCGCACACCAACUCUCGAACCCCGCCAUGGGACAAGGCAUGCAACAGCCCCAGUCCUCGCAACCUCAACAGCAGCAACAGCAGCAGCCACUACAACAAGGACAGCAACAACAACCAUCACAUCCGCAGCUCCAGCAACUUCAACAGCAGCAGCAGUUGCAGCACCAACAACAACUUCAACAACAACAACAGCAACAGCUCCAGCAGCAACAGCAGCUCCAACAAUCCGGGCAAGGAAUCAAUCCUAUGAUGGUCUCUCAGUCGAUGGGAGGUAUGCCAGGAGGGAUGAUGACAGGUGGAUUUGUGUCUCCGGACAGUUUGAUGCAGCAGAUGCCAGGAGGAUCGAUGCCCGGGCAGAUGAGUAUGGGGAUGCCUCCGGGAUAUGUCAACAUGGGACAGAUGCACCCACAGAUGAUACAGCACCUCCAGGCACAACAGCAGCAAAACCCUCAACAGCAACAGAUGUAUGCUCAGCAGCAGCAACAUAUCAUGCAGCAACAAUUCUUGCAGCAGCAGCAACAGCAGCAGGCGCAACAGCAGCAGCAAGCACAGCAACAGGUACAGCAACAACAGAUGAUGCAGGGUCAACAAGAUUUCCAGGGACCUCCUCGACCAAAGGGACGACCUCGGUAA